ACGGUAGGUCGCUAUGGAAACUGCGUUACGCUCCGGGCGGCCGGAGAGAGAAAACAAGAGCGCGAGGACUCGUUUCAGUCUUCAUUUCAGCACCACGCGAGCUCCUGGACAGCGCCCGGAUGAACUCGCGCACAGAUUCUAGCCUCGCAUGCCUCGUGAGGGACAGAGCCGCAUCAGCACCGAGUCUAACCGGAGAGGGUAGCAAAACAGACCCACGCUCAACGGACCUGAAGCUCGGUGGAGACCCACGGUUCGAUUCCGCUGCCACGUCAGGAGCCAGUCGCUCCCUCUAAUGCCACAGCAACAGGGCAGCAGCAUGUCUGAAACUAAAUCCAAUCAGCGGUUCCACAGUCUGAACGCUGAGCAGGUGGAGGUCCUCCACCAGGUUUUAUCAGAGGCGGUCCCAAUCCACGGCCGCGGGAACUUCCCCACGUUGGAGCUGCGUCCGCGAGACAUCAUCAUAGCCGUGCGGGCCAGGCUGCAGCAGCAGGGGAUCGCGGUGAGAGACAUCCGUCUGAACGGCUCCACGGCCAGCCACGUCCUCGUCCGAGACAACGGAACGAGCUACAAGGACCUGGACAUCAUCUUUGGAGUGGAGCUGCCCAGUCAGGAGGAGUUCCAGGUGAUCAAGGAGUCAGUGCUGGGCUGCUUGCUGGAUUGCCUACCUGCUGGGGUCAACAGGGAGCGGAUCAGCAGCUCCACGAUGAAGGAGGCCUACGUCCAGAAGAUGGUCAAGGUCUUCAACGAGCACGACCGCUGGAGCCUCAUCUCCCUCUCAAACAACAGUGGCAAAAACCUGGAGCUCAAAUUUGUGAGCAAGCUGAGGCGGCAGUUUGAGUUCAGCGUCGACUCCUUCCAGAUCAUUCUGGAUCGUCUCCUGGAGUCCUACAUGCAGCAGGAGUCACAGCACAAACAUAGCACUGUUGAUCUUAAGGGCCAGCCGGCAGAGAAUCAGAAUAAAGACUCUCCCUCUCUGAUCAAACAGGCCACUGCUCCAGAAACAGAGAAGUCCUCUGGUAGAGACUCGUCCAGCAAAGAGGGGGCACAUAUCAGCCAGACACAUCAAAGAGAUGAGGUGCACGAAAAGGAGUCCCAGACAGAACUCUCACAAGAAACUGAACAUUCAAACCAGACAAAACACUCCGAAGUUGAAAAAGACAACCAAGCGAAAACACCAGUGGAACUGGAAGAAACGGCAGAACACAAAGAAACCUUCAGUGAGACAGACUUCUCUGACCAGACACCUCCAAACCUUUUGUCAGAAGAGAGAGAAACCUCUGAGAAAGCUGAACCACCAAGUCAGAUCGAGCUCAGACAUGAGCCGGAGCUCUCAGACGAGACCGAAGGCUCGACAAAGGUAGAACAGUCGGACCAAACCCAGCCCGACGAUGACCAACAGACGGCACAUUCAGAUCACAAACCACUCUCUGUCAAGAAAGAACAAUCCAACCACACGAAAUCCCCCGAUGAACAGGAAGUACUCACAGAGCAGACGGGGCAGUCCGAACCGCCAGGAACCUCAAACGAAACUCAGACGGAGUCUCUGAACCUGCCAGAAGAGUGUCACAGUGCAGACUCCUCCGAGUGUUUCAGUGAGGAUCAGAGGAGUGAUGAGGAAGAUAAAACGCAACAUGUGACUGCUGCAGACUCUAGCACAUCCUCAAAGAAAGAGACACAGUUGGCAGAUGAAAGAAAAGUAGAAACAGACAUCGGCGAGCGAGCAGAGAGGAAAAAUGACACAGAAAGAAGUGAGAUGACAGAAGAGAUUUUGGCAUCAGAAGCAGAAAAUGUAGAAGACACACAGGGUAUCGAUUGUUCCUGCUCCACCUCUUCCAUGUCGCUUACACUUUACAACACUGAGCCCGCUGGCACACAAGAUACACUGGAGACUCACGGCACAUCAUACGCAGAUGAAACCCCUAGCGCACUUGAUGCCGUCAGCCCUCCAGAUACUCAGGAUAUUCUACCUGCACCACCCGGCCUUGUUUCUGACAAAAAAACCUCCUCCUCCUGUAAGGCCUCAGAGAGACUAUCUAGCAUGGUGGUGCUCAAACACUCCUCUCCCAAACCCCCUCGGAGGAUGUGUAGGAAGGUAAGCCCCAAUCCCAGUCCAGUCUCUGAAAGCGAACCUGUCCUAGAGCCUUGUCUAGAUCCAAACCCCUGCCCGAGCCCUGAACCUGAGAUAGAUUUUGACCCAAAGCCAACAGCUCCCAGUUCAGACCCUAUAACUGCCCCAACAUUCAGUAUCUCUGCAAAAACAAACCCUGGGUCUGAACCGACCCCUUCCUGUAACCUAGACCUUACCUCAGCUCCUGAUCCAGCCCCUGAUAUGAUCUCCACCUCUGCUGUGGAUCCCGUGUCUGGUUUAUCUCAAGAGCCUUCGUCCCCUCAGCUAAUCACGGAGAGUUUGUGUGAGACAAGUCUUCAGAGCCUAAAAGAGACGCUGUCUACACAUGUGGUUUGUCAUGAGCAAAGCCAGCCCCCCCUUAGCGAAACCGUCCCUGCACCCAAACAAUCAGAGCCUCUUGACUCUGCGGAUGCGUUAGCUCCACGCACCGAUGCGUCCGGCUCAAACACCCUAGUACCUGCACGUACCUCAGAAGUUGAGCUCAGUGACGAAGAUGAGAACAGGGAACUGGGGAGGAACACGGUGGACUUGAAUCAGCCAACCGGCAGCCCGCAAGAGACCACGCUUAGUUCACCCUCCUCUCCUCACCGUGCGAGCCCCCCUGUUUCCUGUCUAUCCCCUCCUGUGCUGAGUCUCUCCCCUCCCUGCUUCACUCCCUCGCCCCCCAGCUUCAGCCCUCCCCAAUGUCUGACCCCACCCCCUCACUGCCUCUCAUCCACGCUGCUGAACACCGUCAGCCCUGCUACCAGUAUUAGCUCUCCGCCCCUGAGUUUCAGCCCGACCUCAUCCAGUCUCAGCUCACCUCCUUACCUCACCCCUCCUAUGCUUAGCCUCAGCCCUACUCCGCUCUGCCUUAGCCCCCCUUCCCCGUGCCUCAGCCCUCCCCUCCUCUGCCUCACUCCGCCAGUGGAGUCAGAGGACCUUGUACCUCAGGUAUCUUCAGACAUGGAGCCUUUGAUAGUGAACACAGACAGCGAGGAACAUAUUAAAGAGUCCUCCCCUCAGUCAGGAAUUCCUCAAGUACAGUUGGAGGAUAAAAAGGAGCAAGAUCAUAUCUCUUCAUUGCCUCAGGUUGCGGAGCCCGUCUCGUUUCCAAUCACAAUCCCGAGCUCCACCACACAUGUGCUGCCUCACUCUCAGUCUGAAGGCCCAGGGGAAUCGAUCCCUCCAAAAGCCGACGAGGCAUCCAGCUCUGUGCCUGAGAACAAAGAGGCCUCCAAGGUGACCGCAGUCAUGCCUGAACAGAGCUUUGCUCCUCCGGCUUCUGGCUCGGUCCCUGCUGUCGAGGUCCUGGCAGAGAGCAUGUAUGGUGACUUUGAGGCAGCCAUGGACCACCUGCGCUACCGGCUAAUCGCCACCAGGAACCCCGAAGAGAUCCGAGGUGGGGGCUUGCUGAAAUACAGCAACCUGUUGGUCAGGGACUACCGACCAGCCAGCGAGACUCAGAUAAAGACACUGGAGCGCUACAUGUGCUCGCGCUUUUUCAUCGAUUUCCCUGACGUGCAGGAGCAGCAGAGGAAGAUCCUGUCCUACUUGAAGAACCACUUUAUCGGCGAGGAGAGAAGCAAGUACCAGUACCUGAUGACGCUGCGUCGCGUGGUCGAUGACAGCACCGUGUGUCUGAUGGGACACGAGCGGCGUCAGACCCUGAACAUGAUCACGGUGCUGGCGCUGAAGGUUCUAGGAGAGCAGAACAUUAUCCCCAACACAGACCAUGUGACCUGCUUCUACCAGCCAGCCCCGUACCUGGCUGAUCCCAGUGCCCCCUAUUUAGCAGAGCCCAGCUACUGCAGCUACUUCAUCCCCCAAGGGGGAUCAACUCUGCUUUACCAACCGUACCCCUUACACCUGCACACACAGACUGGACUGGUCUAAAACACACACGUAAUCACGCAAAACACACAAUCGAAGCAAAGGGAAGGUGCUUUUCACGAGGAAAGAGCUGGUGAAUGGAAAUAUAAUCCAGGGAUAAACUGUUUGGUCUAUAAUAGACCUAUGGGGGUGGGAUUGAGUAGGUUUUUACAGUAAACUCCCCGAGUACUCUGUAAGGUUCUAAUAUGAUUAUAUGUAAUUAUCUGGGCUUUGUGGGAAAAUAAUAAUUCUUCUGAUAUUGUCAAAAUUCCCGAAAAUGCUUUAUGCACUGCAUGAGUCAUAUCCCUUUGGUCUCCACGGGAAACCAGCUGUGCUGAUGAUAUUCUCUCACACACACACACACACACACACACAUGAAACUCACACUUCCAGGUUCUUGAAUUCUUGGACACUCUUUUCAUGUUCUUACUGUGUUGUUCUUGGGUUUGUUCAGAAUGUGGACCUUGCCUGUGGUUUAUAUUGUGCAUGGAUAAAUUAGGACUGUUCUCUCACUGCCAAAUACUGUGUGACUACUAUGCUUCUUAAACAGUUUCAUGUAACUUUGUUAAUCCUUUACUGAAGGGGUGUAUUCUGAUAACAAAACAAAAAAAACGAAAUACUGAGGGACAAGUCUACCAGUGUGUACUGUGCUUUCAUCAUAACACACGUACGCUCAACACAUACAAACCCUGUAUACUGUACGCACACAAAGUUAGACAAUGCAUGAGUAGCUAAAUAUAUAGAUCACAUCCUCAAGUCAAAGCAAAGGCUUUUCAUUUAAUAAGAAUCAAUCUAUUUUUGCAAGACUUUCCAAGAUAAUACUAAACAGACUGGUUAGCUCCUAGAAAAAUGCCAACAACAAUGCCUUUGCAAUAGACUGUACAGCGUAUUGAUUACAGUAUAUCGUGUGCGGAUACACUGCAUUGUUUUCAGGUAAACUGUGUUAAGAUGUAGUGAUUGAUUCUUUUCCCCUCGUGAAGUCCUUUCUGUAAUCAUGUGAAGUACUGUACCAUCUAGUGUUGAUUUAUUUAAUGCUGAAGUUUACUCUGUGGAGGUGGUCAGGUUACAACCAUCUUUGGGUCAUCUCCAAACAUGGCAGACGCAGCUCUGUCUAAAACGAAGGGACUGCAUUGAAACUGGUGGGACAUCUUCUAAUUCACGCCGUCGGAAUCAACAUACAAACAAGUUCAGAUCCUCCUCAGACCUGUUUGAAUCUAAGUGCAAAGACGCGCAACAGCAACUCUGACCAAAGAUGGUUCGGUAGGGAAAUCAAGUGCCUCAAUGUGAGACAUCAUUGGCAUGUCUUUAUCUCACUGCACUGGGGGUGUUAAUGGGGUGGGCCUGGGGCUGGGUCGGGUGUGUGUUCAGUUGUUGACCCCUGUUAUUGCUGCCCGUUUUGAUGUCUUAUUUAAUGUAGUCCUUUGUUGUAGUUUAUUCAUGUACGUUUUGAUAAAAUAAAGGGGAAACUCAACAAACCUUCAGAAAUUGAAUUAUUUCCAAAG